CGGCCCUCGAGCUGCCUUGGCCGAGUUCACCAACGCCUGGCUCGAAUCGACGGCGAACUGCACAUCCAGACCCGGAAACAGCUCCCACACGUCCCGCUACUGCUGCCACCAUGGCGUCCAAGGCGGCAGCCUCCGCUGCUGGCGGAGUCGUCAGCAUUUCGAAGAAAUAUACCCUCCAAUCGACCGGCAUCUGGGAGCGCAUCCGGCGCGCGACCGCCAUCGACCCGAACCGCUCCAACGGUGUGCCGCUCAACCCGUACAACCGGAACCCGGCGCCCGGCAGCAACGACCCGCUCAAGUACGACGACCCCGUCACCGCGCCGGCGGGCGACAUCGCCGACAACCCGUACUGGAAGCGCGACGUGCGCCGCAACUACCCGCGCCCCAGCGUCAUCAACCAGGCCCAGCAGGUCGCCCUGCUCACCGUCGGCAGCGCCGCCCAGCCGCGCGUCGAGCUGAUCGGCGAGGAGGGCAGCAAGGCGCUGGUGGCGGCCGAGCAAUCCGGUAAGGAGCUCGGCGUCGCCGGCUACCUGGAGAACAGCGGCGUCGAGGCCGCCAAGAGGGUCCUCGAGAUGACGGGCGGCCUUCCCCCGCUGCCUAGCGGGCAGAGCCUGCGGGGGGGCAAGUGGGACGUGCACAAGUAUAGCCUGAACUCGGAGCAGUCGUAUGGAGAGAAGUGAGUGCAUCCGCAGCUUUCUGGGCUCGGCUGGCUUAGAGACGAUUUGCUAA